CGCCGGCGCCCGCCGGGGAGCCGGAUUUGGAGCGCGCGGCGCCGGCAGGGCCGGAGGGGGCGGCGCGGCGGAGCCUCCUUUGGCCUCGGACACUCCUCCUCGCCGGUCGCCGCCGCCCGCCUCCACCUGCGCCUCUAGCUCGCUCGCCCCGGCCGGGCCCGGUCGCCACUUCCGGCCGCUCACCUGGGACGCGCUCACUUGCCUCCGGGCGCCCGGGCAGCAGAAUGAAGGACCGGCUGGAGCAGCUGAAGGCUAAGCAGCUGACACAGGACGAUGACUCCGAUGAGGUCGAGAUUGCCAUUGACAACACAGCUUUCAUGGACGAGUUCUUCUCUGAGAUCGAGGAAACUCGGCUCAACAUUGACAAGAUCUCGGAGCACGUGGAGGAGGCUAAGAAGCUCUACAGUAUCAUUCUGUCUGCACCAAUUCCAGAGCCAAAAACCAAAGAUGACCUAGAGCAGCUCACCGCUGAGAUCAAGAAAAGGGCCAACAGCGUGCGGAACAAACUGAAGAGCAUGGAGAGGCAUAUUGAAGAAGAUGAGGUCCGCUCGGUAGCAGACCUCCGGAUUCGGAAAUCCCAGCACUCCGUCCUGUCCCGGAAAUUUGUGGAGGUGAUGACCAAAUACAAUGAGGCUCAGGUGGACUUCCGUGAACGCAGCAAAGGGCGCAUCCAGCGGCAGCUUGAAAUCACCGGCAAAAAGACAACAGAUGAGGAGCUGGAGGAGAUGUUGGAGAGUGGGAACCCUGCCAUCUUCACUUCCGGGAUCAUUGACUCCCAGAUUUCCAAGCAAGCCCUCAGUGAGAUCGAGGGACGGCACAAGGAUAUCGUGAAGCUGGAGAGCAGCAUCAAGGAGCUUCAUGACAUGUUUAUGGACAUCGCCAUGCUGGUGGAGAAUCAGGAUUGUGGCUGAUCCUUAACGUUGCUCUUCACCGUCAUCCUGUGCACUGAUCAGCUCCUCCUCCCCGGCCUCCCUUAGAGUCCAAUUUUUCUGCAGCCUGGUGUGGCCACCUUGUCUUCAGAUGGGACCAGAGCUUGAAUGGCCUUCCUGAGUGAGAACGGGACCCAUUCCUCUGUUUCCUUGUAACCAUCCUUGGACCUGACCCAGCAAACCAUCUGGUCCUGAGGAAUCUCAUCUACCUGAUACAACUUUGCGUUUUCCUCAGAACCUUGUCCUGCCCACCAGCUCUGAAGUGCCUUCCCUCCUGGAAAGUCUGAACCAACCCAGCUUCUCUUCCCUCUGAUGUGUCAAAUUUUGCCUCGCACCUUGGAAAGCCUAUUUGAGACCUCCCCAAGGUGCUGUAUUUUCUACCUCAUGGAGUAUUCUAGAAAUUGCAAUGCAUUUUUUAAAGGGGAUUGGGGUCUUCAACAAAGCAAAGGGAUGCUUCCAGGUUUGACAACAAUAGGCUUAGACCUGAGCUUUCUACCUGGCAGGAUCCCAGUCCUCAGUUUGUUGUCCCCAUGUUCUGAAAAUAUGAGGGAUUGGCAGAUGUCAUUUUGGUAUGGGAAGCAGACUUGUUUGAUAUUCAGCCUUAAAUUAAGCUCUUAGUAUGUUCAGCUUGGUGGCCAACUUUGAUAUUUGUCUGUGCUGUAUUCUCUCAUGUUUACUUAAGGAGGUGCCAGCAUGAUACAGUCACCUGAGGUUACCAUUUGUGAAGGCGGAGCAUAUGGGAUGUUUAUCUUUAUGGCUGAGUCUUGGAAACUGGUCACCCACUGUUAGAGCAAUGAUAUAGGAAGCCAUUGCCUUGAGGCCAGAAAUAACUAGGUACUUAAAGUUGGGCCAGGGACAAGGUGCUUGAGUGUCAGGCGCUGGAAAUGUUUCAGACUGGUGCGAGCAUUCACCCAUUUCAUGUGUUCCAGCUGAGUUUUUAUAAUCAUGUGUGAGAUAGAUGUACAUAUAUGUAUGUGUCUUUCAUGAAGUAAGAAGCUAGAAGUGGAGGAUAUUAUAACCUCAGAAAAAUGACAUUGAGCUAGGUUAAAACUUAGGCAAGAGACAUUUGCUUACCUGCAAAUGAGUCAUAGAAAUAUGAUCUUCCCAUGACAUCGAGGAACCUGCCAUUUCGGGAUGACUACUGGGAGAAUCAUAGAUCUUUUGGAGUGAGGACUAAGUUGAUUUCCAUAAGUACUUCUGCUUAGCAGACAGAUGUGACAACCUUUGACAUCCCCCUCCCCGCCCCCUGCCCCCACCUCAGCUAGGCUUGUCCACAGCAAUUUGAUAUCAUUUCUGUGCCUUUGGAAUGUCCUGUUUCCAGGGCUGAUUCAGUGGGGGACACCAGGGACUACUGAGUAGCUCUCCCUUCUACCAAGUUAAUGAGCUUGACAGAUUCCCUGUCUCCCCAAAUUCUCGUCAUGGAGGAAGUAGUGGCCAAUCAACUUGCAAGUGCAGUGACUGUGUGAACCCAGCGGUGAGUCUCUUGAUUCCCUGCCAAUGUGUGCCAGUCUGCCUGAUUUAUAUUUCAGCACUUGAUUUUAAUGCUUUCUAGGAUAGGGUGAGCACCCUAAUCCAGGCACUGCCCGUUAGCUUCCUUUGCAAAAGCUACGAACACCCAUUCGUCGCCCACAUUCACAGAGUCUCGGGGAAGCCCUCUUGCCCUUGGCUAUGAAGUUGACAGUGGACUGGCUCCAGCAGCAAGGCCAGACAAGCUCUAAUUGUAGGCUUUUGAUCUCCAGAGAUUGAGGCCUGGGGCUUAUAGUUUGGAAUACAAGUUUUUUUUUGUUGUUGUUAUUUGUAUUUUUUUAAUGUAAACUUGAUUAUUUUAUUGCUAUUUAAAAAAUAAAUGACUUUAUAUUGAUUGUGAAACAGUUCUGGCUCUAUUUCUCUGCAAAGCACAGUGACUGGGUGCCACCGUGUGGUGGUUUUUGUUUAGGUUUUAGAAAGGGAUUAAAAUCUUUUUCAAAUGUGCUAGAUCAGAUGCAUCAGAAGUUUUAAUUUUUGAAAGUGGUUUAACUCUCAAGGAAUACAAUGUAACUGUAUUAGAGGUUCCAGAUUUGAGGUGCUGCCCCCAAAAGAAUUUGGUUCACUCACUGAGUACUGGCUGUAGGAGGGCAUGGAGUGAACGCGUUGUGAUGGUAUCUAGAAGGCAGAAGAACAUAGGAAACAUCCUCCAAGAUAGCUGUUGAUCGAAUGUUGAGUCUCUCACCUAGAUGUGACAUUCCUGUUAACACUCUGGGUAUCUAGCCGCCAGAUCCAUCUCCCUUUUCCUGCGUAUCCUCUUCCCCGUCCACAUCCACUUGUCUCCCUUCCUUCGGGACGCUCUGCAGUGAUGUUUCUCAUGUGCUUUUUCUUUCCUUGACUGGA